AUGUUGCCAGUCAUAUCUAAUGUGUCUAUAUUCUUAUAUUUGGUCUUGUUUAUUCAUAGGGCAGGUAGGUACACGAGCUCAUCUUCCCUGAGCGAGCGUUUCCCUUGGCGCGAAAAACAGCUUCGCGCUGGACUGUCGGAUCUUUUACUUAACUGGUUAAAAGAUCUGUGAUGUUUACAUAAUAUUUAUUUUCUUUCUCUUUGUAGAAUCAAGACCAUCAUUUACAGCAACUCCUCCAGAUCCGUUCUAUGUUUUGGAAGGCAACAAUAUCACCUUUGUGUGGCAGUACAACCUUAGUGGAACGUUUGACAGACUUGUCUUUCAGUUCUCUGGCAGCUCUCCCACCACUAUUCUGGUCAAACAUGACAUAAACCUCGACGCAGUGGUUUUAGACAGUCGUUACCAGAGUCGCAUUCAAGAAAACAUCAAUACUACACGAGCAGAAAUUACAAUCUUUGCAUUGCAGAGAAAUGAGAGUGGAGGAUACGAAAUUGACUUGACCAACAAAAAUUUCCAGUCUACUAGUGACAGAGUGACUGUUCAAGUACAGUGUAAGUAA